ACCGCUUUGCUUCUUAAAUACCACUGUACUCUCUGUUCCCCUCUUAUAAUCUUUCAGUCCCCUCUCUUUCCCUUUCUAUCUCAUGUCGAAACUAGCCGUCCCACAAGUUGCACUCUUGUAGCGAUCACUCGUUCAGCAUUACACCAACGAUGCGGUUCUACCUGACUACCUCGAUCUCCACCCUGGCCAUAAUAGCCGCAACGCUUUGGAGCUAUGGGAUACCGAUGGUCGAUGCCAUUACGCCUGAAUUUACACGUCUCAAGAUUGAUGUCUAUUACGAAUCGUUAUGUGGUGAUAGCGUCAGUUUCAUUAGGAAUCAGCUAGUUCCCAGCUAUGCACUACUGAAGAAUGUUCUUAAUGUGACAUUCGUUCCUUAUGGCAAGGCUACGCAUACAAAAAAUUCUCAAACUGGCAAGUGGGAAUUCGUCUGCCAGCAUGGAAUUCAUGAAUGCAAUGGAAAUAUAGCGCAAGCAUGCGGUCUUGCCGAAAUUGGAAAUUUAUCGCUGGACUUUCAGCAACGCCAGGAUCUAGCUGUUAAUUUCGUUGGAUGUGUUAUGAGCGACAGACAUCCAGCAACGGCAGUUCCACGGUGUACUGAACACGUCAGACUUGCUGAAGCUUCCCGGAAUCGGAUUAAUCAGUGUAAAAAUAAUACUGAAGGCGAUGAAUUAUUGGUAGCAGCUGGUAAUAAAUCAAAUCUAGUCCAAUCGCCACUUUCAUUCGUCCCCACUAUCGUUUUGAACGAAAACUUUGAUAGUGACCAGCAGUACAAUCUGCUAUAUAAUUUCGAAGCAUUCAUUUGCGGAUUGAUACCUGAAGAAGGAAGACCUUCAGGAUGCAAUAAGUAACUAUCUAUCAUAGCCUAAAGAAAUAAUGGCUUUCAUAAUUACAGGAAUAUCAUUGCCCUUCAUGGUUUGAUUCGAGUAUAUAUGCUUUAUGAUAUGUACAGAUGCAUAUGUACAAAAAAUAUACGACUUACGAUUAUUA